UGGUCUCCCACGUUUCCACCCUUUCAUUCUUUUGAGUCGAUAGACAACAAUGGAGACUUCCUUGAGAUACAGCAGCGCUGCUAAGUCCCUCAAAAUUCAUGCCAAGCAGAAUCUCCUUAUUGAUCCCGAUACUUUCUUCCAGAUCCGUGCAGAGCUAGAUACUAAAUUGGGGUCCCCAAAUUACUUCUGUGCCAUGCUGAGGCGCAUUUACGAUCAACCACAAUUGUCAUCUCGUUUUGGCUUGGGUGUGCAAUAUGAUAAGUUUCAGAAGCUUGGUUACAUUGUCCGUGGUAAAAUGGAAUUCCCUGUGACAUCUAAUGAUGACAACUCUAUCCGCUUUGUUGUCAAGGGACGAUCUGAUAUCGACAAAGAGUUCAAACAGAGGAGGUCCAAAGGAGGGGCUGAAUUUACCUGGAGCAUCAACAAUUUUCAAAAGGAACAAGAUGUAAGGUUCAAGGUUGGCUAUGACGUUGUUGACAAGGGUUGGUAGUGGAUGUGGGUAUGCAGGCCUUUCAGUUAGAUGAAGAGCACAAAUUGUGAUUCUCCCUUCUGAGAAUGUUACCUUCGCUCAUCCACACUUUCUUGUCGAGUUGGUUAUAUGAAUGGCCAAACCUAUGAAUUUUUGACGCUACUAAAUUCUUUUAUGGUGUAUUUGGAUACAAGGAUUAUGUUAGAAUUUUUAAAUGGAAAAAUUACCAGUAAUAAUACAACCUUUUGCUUAUCUUCCUACAAUAAUACCAACUUUUAAUUAACCAUGAAUAAUACCAACUUAGGGGGCAUUUCCCUAGAAUAUUCCUAACAUGUUAUAAAUUGGUUAAUAAACUAAAAUUGGUAUUAUUCUAGGAAAAAAAUCCCUUAAGUUGGUGUUAUUUAUGGUUAAUAAAAAUUAUUAUUAUUAUUUAGGGAAAUUAACGAAAAAUUGUAUUAUUCACGGUAAUUUUUUUUUUAAAUUUGGUGAAAUAAUGCUUUUGGAUGCAAAGAAAUUUCAAAUUGAAACCAGACCAAAUUCGAAGAUGAUUUAACAGUCUAUUAGUGAAGCAUUUGAGAUUAUAUGUUUUACUUUGUCAUUUAAUAUCUCCAAAAAUACUCAUCUACAACACACUAACCUUGUAAGUUAUAAAUUUACCGAAAUAUCAAUCUAUUUACCUCUUGAUUCUUUUGCGAUUAGGAUUUACUGUUGUCUAUUGAUGUGCAUGAUUGAUGGCUGCUCAAAUUUUUGAUGGUAGCUAUGGUGGUAAAAGUAGAACUUGGUUGAUGUCACUUGACCCAUACAGACCAGAUCUAUGAAUCAUUUUUUACGGUUAAUUAGGGGUGCUUCAUACUGAGAUUGGGGGAAGGCAAUGUAGGGGCUGUUCUCUACUUUAUAUUUCCUGGUUAUAUUGAAAUGUAACAACCAAAAGUAGAUAUGAUAUUAAUAUUUUUAUUAUGAAGUACUAUUUUCAUGUUACUUGGCUAAAAUUAUUAAAGGUGGUAAAAAGAGGAUGUAUUUGUCAUGUGGGGCAAGAGUAAAAAGAGAGAAAGAAAUGUAAGAGAAAUAUGAGGUUUUAAUGAGGUGAAAAGUUAGGGUGAUUGGAUAGAAAGAAAGUAAAGGAAAAUGGGAAAGGUGAACAAACAAGAAGAAAUAGAGGGAGUAUAUUUUUCCUCAAAAUACGUACAUUGUUUUUUUUUUUUGGAAAUAUCCUCACAAUAUCACCGUGAUUUUUCCCCCACAUCUGCAAAUAGUGGUUAGAUUUGACAGUUUUGGGAUGAGGAACUCUAGGUUGAUGACAGAUACAAAUCAAAAUCAAGGCAGUGAAGAGUAAAUCGUAAACGAUUAAUCAUGUUUCUAUAAUUCAAUCUCAUUUUAGUUCAGUUGUGUUGAAUUCAACUUAGACUACUCAGCUCAUCACUUUUGAUCAUCACUAUUCAUUCCACUAUCAUUCACCUCAUUUCAGCUCAACACUCCCUUCACUUCAGUUCAAUUCCAUCAUUUUCAUCAGAAGAGAACAAAGCGCAAGUGUUUUUACCAUUCAUGUCUUGAUAUUGGUUUGCAAAUCAAUAUUUGUUUUCAACUUUGGUUAUCCCUUUUGGGGUUCAAUCUUUCACCCCCAAACAUAACAGUUGGAACUGAAUUUCUCAAUGCAACUUCCCAUAAUCUGAGUUCCCAAAAAAGCGUCUUUCUAAACUCACCUAGCUCUGGUCUUUGACUUGUGGUCCCAAAUUUUCUGUAAUUCCUAACUAUUAUUGUUGGAAUUAUGAAUGCUAUUCAUCAGCACUCUGGCCAAUGUCCCUCACCCCAGAUGUCAUAUCUGACUCCUAGAUAGGUAUUUGAUUCUGAAUCCAACGCUCAUUCUCAUAUUUGAGCAAGUAAGGUUUAAUUGAGGAGUUUUUAUAACUAUACAUGAUUCUCCUCUCCAUGGAAACUUCCUGAGUACCUUCUUAUGGUUGGAAUUUCUUACUUGGUUUUGUCUUAAAUUGAUCUCUUACCAUUGUGCUGCAUUUCUUCUGAGAGUUGUGAUGUACUCCAAUGACAAAUCUAACAUCUUCUGCCUAUGAGAAAUCACACACUUGACUGUUUGUUUAAUUUGAUUUCGUCAUUGUAAUUCAUCCACCAACUUUAAUUUUGUAUAACUAACAUUUUUCUUGUAUCCAUUGGCUACUUUUGCCCUGGGAUCU